AUGAACACAACGAAACUCAUCAAGAUGGCUAAGAAAUGGCAACAAAGAGCUGCCCUCAAGAGAAAAAGAAUCUCAUUUCAGAGAUCAAUUACUACUACUAGCUCAUCUGCCGUAGAAAAGGGAUGUUUUGUAGUUUACACGGCAGACGAAGCACGCUUUGCUUUUCCGAUAAGUUACCUAAGCCACUCUGUAUUCCAAGAGCUCUUGAAGAUAUCGGAAGAAGAGUUUGGCAUCCCAAGCGGUGGACCAAUUACUUUACCAUUCGAUUCGGUUUUCUUGGAGUAUCUAAUCAAAUUGAUUGAAAGACGAAUGGAUGGAGAUAUAGAGAAGGCUCUGCUUAUGUCAAUCUCUAGUGCUAAAUGUUCUUCACAAUGCUCAUUGCAACUACAAGAACAACAGAGUAGACAACAGUUGCUUGUAUUUUAG